AUGAGCCAACAAGGCGGAAAAUUCUCUGGGCUCUGGAAGAUUGUGGCGUGGGACGAGCCCGCCUUCCAGGGCCGGAAGCACGAGUUCACCGCCGAGUGCUACGAUCUGGCGUCCUGUGGCUUUGACAAUGUGUGCUCAGUACGCGUGGAGAGUGGCACGUGGGUUGGCUUCGAGCACCCCGGGUUCCAGGGGCAGCAGUUUGUGCUAGAACGAGGCGAAUACCCCUGUUGGGAAGCCUGGAGCGGCAGCAACGCCUAUCACGUCCGGAGGAUGAGUUCUUUCCGGCCCGUCUCCUGUGCGAAUCACCGGGAGAGCAAACUGAGCAUCUUUGAGCAGGAGAAUUUUCUGGGCCGCAAAGGGGAGCUGAGCGACGAUUGCCCGUCCCUCAAGGCCAUGGGCUGGGGCAGCAAUGCCGUGGGGUCCCUCUGCGUGCACUCCGGCGCCUGGGUGUGCUCCCAGUUCCCCGGCUACCGGGGUUUCCAGUACAUCGUGGAAAGCGACUGCCACAGGGGCGAAUACAAGCACUUCCGCGAAUUGGGCUCUCACGCCCAGACUUUCCAGGUGCAAUCCAUCCGCCGGAUCCAGCACUGA